AAGAUGUGCGCCCGGAGAUCUAAAAUGUUUCAAAAAUCGACAACAUCGUCGCCGCUUUCAACGCGCCUCGCGUUCUAUACAGUCGCUUUGCUACUACUUUCAUUCGCCGCCGAACGCGCGACGUCAAUGUCGCUCGAACGUUUGGGCGUCGAUCAAAAUGAGUUAAAUUCGGCUAAUAAUCAAGAAACGAAAACGGUUAAUGAUGCAGAUAUUGUGGUGGAUGAUAUGGAAUUGGAGGCUGUGCCCACUAGCGGUAAUACGGAUACAUAUCUGCUAGUGCCAGGCGGUGGUGCAAACGAACGUGAAAGUGUUGAAAAGAAUAUAAUCGAAAAUGUUGGUGAUUCGAAUGGUCCUGCCGAAGAGGUACAAGCAAAUGAAGCAUCGGAUAUGUUGAUGGUUGAAUCAAACGAUGCUCCGUUGCAUAUGUCCUUCCUCGCCGUGCCGGUGGAGCAAACCGAAUUGGUUGUUGACGAAGAAGUGGCAAAACAGGACGAGAAUAGUGAGCAGGAUGUUGAUACUGUGCACGACGAUGAGCCGCAAAUCUCGAGUGAUAAAAUUAUGGAGAUUCCCAAUGAGCCGCAAGAAAUGUUACCUGUGUCCAUUGCCGAAGUGUCAAAUGAAUCUAUUGACAAACUAGGAGACGCACAGCUAUCUGAUGGCGCGGCCUUGCCAAAUAUAGAAACGGUUAGUGCGGAACAUGAAACCAUAGCUGAUGUGAUAGCUGAAGCAGUGCAGGAAGUAGAAAAAGAUAUGGAAGACAUGCAAUCAGCCGAUGAGACAUUGAAUAACGAAGACAUGCCAGUUCAAACAAGUGAAAUAGUAGAAGACAAGAAACCUGUUAUUGUGGACCAAGAAGAAGGUGAAAUUGUUCAAGAUCCCGAUGAGAAAUCGGAGGCUAUGGAAAGUUUGUCUGCAAUGGAGGCGGACUUAAUGCCCCAGUUUGUGGCAGAUACCGUGGAAACGGCAGAUAUUCAACUCGAAAAUGGUGAAAAAAAUAUCGAGCCUUCACCGUUAAGCGAUAGCACAGUGGAGAAUGUGAAUGUGGAAGAAAAUGAAAUUAGAGACGUGCUAAAAGGAGAAUCUUUAGAGAAUAACAUUGCUGAGGAAUUUUCAAACAAACCAGAAGAUACCAAUGUAAAUGUUGAAGCAGCAGAAGAUCAUCAGCCCGAGAAUGUAGUUUUGGAUGCACACAAUGAAGAAAGUGAAAUCGCCGCGGAGCUGCCUGGUGUAGUAGAUAAUGCCUCGCCAUUGGAAAUCACUGAGAAUCAUAUUGAAGGAAAUAAACAGACAAAUAUGGAGUCGGAGCCUGAAGAAAUAAAGCAUGAAAUUGAAGUUGAUGCCGCUGAAACCCAAGAAAUAAACCCUAUGGCCGAGGCUAUUGAGAAAGAAAUUGAAGCAGACAUUGUUGACAUGAUUACUGAAGAAAGUAAGGUAGAUGAAACUGUUGCUCAAGAGUUGACACAACCCGAAGAUGUAGAAUCUUUCACACCAGUAAAGCAAGCGGAGGAUGACAAACAAAUUCUAAGUGACAAUCAGACUGAAGUUGAACCACAGCAGCAAAUGGAAACAGCAGAGGAGAACCAACAUGCAGGAGAAAAUGAAGUUGUAGAGGUGGCAAAAGAAGAUCAAACUAAUGAGGAAACAAAAGCUUCUAUAGAAAGUCAGACUCCUGAGCAAAGUCAGACCUUUGAGAGCAGCUUAGAUUCUAGUGAAAUUCAUGCUCUUGAGGAAAGUCAGGCAUCUGCCAGUCAAAUUCUGGAAGAAAGCCAAAUUUCUGAAGAUAUUGAAGCACCUGAAGAAACUCAAGCUGCUGAGGAAAGUCAAGCCCCGGAAGUAGGUCAAGAUCCCGAGGAACAUGAAGCUUCCCAGGAAAGUCAUGUUUCAGAGAUAACUCAAAUUCAAGAUGAAAGUUCCUUACCUGAGGAAGUAGCAGAUAAAAAGCAACUUAUUGUCGAGGACCAAACAGCUGAAGAAGCGCAAAUAGUCGAAGACAACAAACAGCCGGCUGUAGCCGAGGAAAGCAAUGCUGCAGAAGAAACAAACUAUCAAUCAGAUGAAAGUAAGCCAGAAGUUGCAAUCGCUGCAGAAAGCCAACACGAAGACACAGCAGCUGAGGAUGUCAAGGAAACCAUUCCGACGUCGGAAGACAGCAAACAAGAAGAAAAUAUCAACCAAGAUAAGCCAAUUAUUGAUGAAACUCAACCGGCAGAAACUUUACCAGAAGAAAUUGGAGAAGAACAAGUAGCACAACAACAUGAAACUGAAAUGAACAGCCAGCAGUUAGAAACCGUACAGCAAGUCGCAAAUAGUGAAGAGCUGUUGCACGAAAGUGAUGUCAAUCAAGCUGAUAUAAUGGAAAGCGUAAUACAAAGUGACAGUCAGCAAAGUGUCGAAGAAAACUCGGAUGCAGUAGCUAAACCAGAGGAAACUGAGGGAGAACUAGAGCUGCAAGAAGUGAUUAAGGAGAAGUUGGAAGAAGCUAAAGUAGAGCCCGAAUCAGAGCAGUUUGUAGAAACGCAAGUUCCACAACUGCAGGAACAAGUUGAGACAGUAGAAGAGAUGCACGAGACUCAAGCUCAAGAGCUGCAACAACCACAGCAAGAAUCCGAAGCAUCAGAGCAAGUAGUUGAACACUUGGAAGAAAAUGUGCCAUUAGUCCAAGAAGAAGAAGAAGACGAGUUGAAGAAUGAGGAAGGUAUACAACAGGAGCAAUCACUUAUUCAACAACAACAGCAAUCCGCAGAAGAGCUAUCUCAACCAGAAGCAGAACUAUCUCAACCAGAGAAAGAACAAUCUCAACCAGAAGCAGAACAAUCUCAACCAGAGACAGAACAGUCUCAACAAGAGACAGAAUACUCUCAACCCGAGAUGGAGCAGUCUCAACCAGAGACAGAACUACCUCAUCCAGAGUCCGAGCAGCAACUGCCCCAACAAAUACUUGCCGAUGAGCCUGCAGAAACGCCAACUGAAAUUGUUACGGAAUCCCUGAGUAAUGAACCGAUUCAGCCCAUCAAUUCCUUGCUAACAACAAUCAUACAAGCGCCAAACCAACAACAACAACAACCUACACCAAUAAAAAUCGAAGAUGAUGAAGCACCAUUAACGGCGACACAAAUGGCAACACUCGUCAGUGUUAACAAUCCACCAGAAACUGUAGUCGACCCUAGCUCAGCCCCAGCGCCAGCGCAUACACCAGUACCAGCACCAGCACCAGCACCACUAAAUGUCAUGGAUAGUGUGCUCAAUUAUGUGAAUGCCUCAUUUAUGCAACACAACAACAUACAACAAACAACACAAAAUCUGAAGGAUGACGAUAGUGAUGAUGAUGACUUAAAUGCACAGUUAAGACGAUACGAUGGUGCUCAGGUCUGGAGAAUUGUUGUGCAAAAUGAUCAUGAUAAAAAAAUGGCGGAUGAACUGCAAACUAAAUACGGUGGCCAACUAUGGAAGGAGGUGAAACAAGAGGUCGAUUACUUGCUGAAGCCACAAGUUUUGUCCGAAGCCGCACAGCAUGUACGCGCCGCAAAUCUGUCGCGCAUCGUUCUCAUCGAUAAUUUGCAAAAUGUCAUCGAAACGGAAAAUCCCAGUGCUGCUGAAAUUGCAUUAUACCAAAAUCGCAAGGGACACCGCUUGACAUGGAAGGCCUAUCAUCGCCUCGCAGACAUACACGGUUUCUUCGAUACCAUGGCAAAGACAUAUCCCGACAUAUGCUCGGUUGAAACCAUAGGCUAUUCACUGCAGAAGCGACCUUUGAAAAUAUUGAAAAUCUCCAACGGCAAUCCCGGCAAUCCAGGCAUUUGGAUGGAUGGUGGCAUGCAUGCGCGCGAAUGGAUUAGUCCGGCCACAGUCACUUUCAUUGCGAAUCAAUUGAUUGAGGAUUGGGAGAUUUUACCAGAGUAUAUGCGCAAUGUUGAUUGGUACAUACAUGCUGUGGCUAAUCCCGAUGGUUAUGAGUAUACACACACGACCGAUCGUUUGUGGCGUAAAAAUAUGCGUUCACAUGGCCGUCAGUGUCCUGGUGUCGAUUUGAAUCGUAACUUUGGUUAUAAGUGGGGCGGUAAGGGCACAUCGGCAAAUCCUUGCUCACAAACCUAUCGCGGCAGUAAAGCUUUCUCGGAACCGGAGACUUUCUAUAUUUCCAAAUAUAUUAGCAAUCAUCCACGUGAUACAUUCCAAGCGUACCUCUCAUUCCACAGUUAUGGUCAAUAUAUUUUGUAUCCAUGGGGUUAUGAUUACCAUCUAACAGCCGAUAAAAUGGACUUGGAUCGUGUGGCACGUCAAGCGGGAACGACCAUCACGAAGAAAUCGGGUGGCAAAUACACCGUCGGCUCAUCAGCGACUACACUCUAUCCAGCAGCUGGUGGUUCGGAUGAUUGGGCUAAGGGCUUUGCUGGUAUCAAAUAUGCCUACACCAUUGAAAUGGGUGACACCGGCCGUUAUGGUUUCGUAUUACCCGCAAGCCAUAUCGAAUCGAACGGUAGAGAUGGUUACACUUUUGUGGACACGGUAGCGCGCGCUGUUACACAGGGCAACAAUAAAUACAGUCGAAAACGUGCCUUUUAAUUACGAAUUAGUUUAAUUAUCUAAAUUAAUUUAAUAUAAUUUAUUUAAAUUAUUUAUUUAUUUAUUUAUUAUUUAUUUAUUGAGCACAGUAUGCAUUUAGCAGACUUCAAGAAGAAAUGUAGAAGAAUGUGUGACCCAUCAAAAGCCAAUUUAGUUAAGUAAAGAAAAUGCCAAUUAUUGUAAUUAUUAUUAUUUAUUCAAAAGAUUUAUUUAUUAAUU